GGGAGAAACCUGACAGCAGGUCAUGUGGGAUGGUUCCCGUGUCAAAAGGUUCAGCCCUACAUCUCUAGACCAGCCCAGGACCUGUCCAGCUUCCUCUGGUUUGCAGGAAACAUGGACCGUAUCGCAGCCAAAAACCUGCUAAUGUCGCGCUCUGAUGGGACCUUCCUGGUGCGACAGAAAGAUGGAGGAGAGUUUGCGAUCAGCAUCAAGUUCAACAUGGACAUCAGACACAUUAAGAUCACCAGCUCCGAGGGCCUGUACCGCAUCAACGAGAAGAAAGCAUUCAAGAGUCUUGUUGAGAUGAUUGAGUUUUACCAGAAGAACUCACUAAAAGAAUACUUCCGAGACGUGGACACAACACUGCAUACACCUUACAAACAACCGGAGCAAAGCUACUCAUCUAACAACACACCCAACUCCACACCGGGCGGCAGCAUAAGAAGCCUCGGUGUAGCGAGGGCUCGGUACGACUACUCCGCCAGGGACCGCUCCGAGCUCUCACUGCAGGAGGGGGACACCAUCAGGAUCCUCUCCAAGAAGGGGCACAGUGGCUGGUGGAGAGGAGAAGUGUACGGCCGGGUGGGGCUCUUUCCUGCCAACUAUGUGGAAGAAGAUUUCUCUGAUUACUGCUGACGUGCUCCUUGUGUGUGUGUAUGAAAUGGUCUGUGUGCAUUAAGUGAGUGUGACAGGGUGUGAGUGUGAGCGAGUGAACAGGUGCAGUAGAACUACUGAACAACCCAGUGCUGUGAAUAAAACUUUUACUCAGCCAACCUCAA